AUCGGUCUCAGGGAGAGCAGGCCCGGUGGUCAGAGAUCAUGGGGGAGAGCGCACUGGAGCCCGGACCUGUGCCUGAGACGCCCGCAGGGGGUCCGGUGCACGCAGUCACCGUGGUGACCUUGCUGGAGAAAUUGGCCACCAUGCUGGAGGCUCUGCGGGAGCGGCAAGGCGGCCUGGCUGAGAGGCAGGGCGGCCUGGCGGGCUCCGUGCGUCGCAUACAGAGUGGCCUGGGUGCGCUGAGUCGCAGCCACGACACCACCAGCAACACACUGACGCAGCUGCUGGCCAAGGCGGAGCGCGUGGGCUCGCACGCCGACGCAGCCCAGGAGCGGGCCGUGCGUCGCGCUGCUCAGGUGCAGCGGUUGGAGGCCAACCACGGGCUGCUGGUGGCGCGCGGGAAGCUGCACGUCCUGCUCUUCAAGGAGGAGACUGAAAUUCCAGCCCGCGCCUUCCAGAAAGUCCCAGAGCUCUUGGGUCCGGAGGACCAGUUGGUGCUGGGCCCAGAUCAGCCAGAGGAUGAAGUUGGAGAGAGUUCUGAAGAGGAGCCAGUGGAGUCCAGGGCUCAGCGGCUGCGCCGCACUGGUUUACAGAAAGUUCAAAGCCUGAAAAGGGCUCUUUCCAGUCGUAAAGCAGCACAGCCCACACCAGUCAAGCCGCCACGCGUAGGGCCUGUCCGGAGCUCUGAAGGCCCAUCAGAAGGCCAGCCUGCAGCUCAGCCUGAAAUGGAGUCCGAGCUCGAGACUGCCCUGGAGCCAGAACCUCCUCAACCUACCAAGGAAGAUCCUGAGAAACCCGUGCUUCAAAUAGAGAGCGCAGCCUGAUCCCUGGGGCUGCCUGUCCCAUUCGGUGCUUAAGCCUUGUCCCAAAAUAAGUACUUAUAGAGUGCAGCACUUACAUCCAAAUAAGGAGAGAAUCCUGCAUCCACUGCCCAGCUCCAAAGCUUCCUUCCUGGCUUUCCAGUCUGAACCCUGUGUCCUCUGACAGAGGAGCUUUCAGCCUAAUUUAGGUUCACCACCAAUAAAAGCA